AUGGCCAGCGCCGCAGGAAAACAAGCGCCCAAAAUUGUCUCCAAAUCGUCCGCGGGAGGCGGCGGGGCGGCGGGGGCCGGCGGUGCGCCCCCGAUAAUGCCCCUCGCCUCUCCGCUCAUGGGGAAAAAGAAGAAGCCGUUUCUGGGGAUGCCCGCUCCGCUCGGCUACGUCCCCGGUCUGGGCAGAGGAGCAACUGGUUUCACCACCCGAUCGGAUAUCGGUCCUGCUCGUGAUGCCAACGAUCCAGUGGAUGACCGACAUGCACCCCCAGGGAAGAGGACGGUUGGGGACCAAAUGAAAAAGAACCAGGAUGAUGAUGAUGAGGAUCUGAACGACACAAACUAUGAUGAGUUUAAUGGAUACGCAGGGAGCUUGUUCUCCAGCGGGCCCUAUGAGAAGGAUGAUGAAGAAGCAGAUGCUAUAUAUGCAGCACUGGACAAGAGGAUGGAUGAAAGACGCAAAGAAAGAAGGGAGCUGAGAGAAAAGGAAGAAAUUGAGAAAUACCGUAUGGAGCGACCCAAAAUCCAGCAGCAGUUCUCAGAUCUAAAGAGGAAGUUGGCAGAGGUGUCAGAGGAGGAGUGGCUGAGUAUCCCUGAGGUGGGAGAUGCCAGGAAUAAGCGCCAGAGAAAUCCCCGCUAUGAGAAACUCACCCCUGUCCCCGACAGCUUCUUCUCAAAACACCUGCAGACCGGAGAGAAUCACACCACUGUUGACCCUCUGCAAGGGCUGGGAGGUCUGAACACACCUUACCCAGGAAGCAUGACCCCCGGCUUGAUGACACCAGGGACAGGAGAACUGGACAUGAGGAAAAUCGGACAGGCUAGGAACACACUCAUGGAUAUGAGGCUCAGCCAGGUGUCUGACUCAGUGAGCGGACAGACGGUGGUGGAUCCUAAGGGUUACCUGACAGAUCUCAACUCCAUGAUCCCCACACAUGGAGGCGACAUCAGUGACAUCAAGAAGGCUCGUCUGCUACUGAAAUCUGUGCGGGAGACUAAUCCUCAUCACCCGCCCGCCUGGAUUGCUUCUGCCAGGCUGGAGGAGGUGACCGGCAAACUGCAGGUGGCCAGGAACCUGAUCAUGAAAGGCACAGAGAUGUGUGUUAAGAGUGAGGAUGUUUGGCUGGAGGCAGCAAGGCUCCAGCCCGGUGACACAGCCAAAGCCGUGGUAGCCCAGGCUGUCCGCCACCUGCCACAGUCUGUCCGCAUCUAUAUCAGAGCUGCAGAGCUGGAGACAGACGUCAGGGCCAAGAAACGAGUUCUCAGGAAGGCCCUGGAGAAUGUAUCCAAGUCAGUUCGACUGUGGAAGACGGCUGUUGAGCUGGAGGAGCCAGAGGACGCCAGGAUCAUGCUUAGCAGAGCUGUGGAGUGUUGCCCUACUAGUGUGGAGCUGUGGCUAGCAUUGGCCCGGUUAGAGACGUACGAGAAUGCCCGUCGCGUCCUGAACAAAGCUCGAGAGAACAUUCCGACAGAUCGCCACAUCUGGAUCACUGCUGCCAAGUUGGAGGAGGCCAAUGGCAACACUCAGAUGGUCGAUAAGAUCAUUGACAGAGCUAUCACUUCACUACGUGCCAAUGGCGUGGAGAUCAACAGAGAGCAGUGGAUACAGGAUGCAGAGGAGUGUGACAAAGCCGGCAGUGUGGCUACCUGCCAGGCUGUGAUAAGGGCCGUCAUAGGGAUUGGCAUCGAGGAAGAGGACCGAAAACACACCUGGAUGGAAGAUGCAGAUAGUUGUGUGGCCCAUGGAGCGCUGGAGUGUGCCAGGGCCAUCUAUGCCCAUGCUCUGCAGGUGUUCCCCAGUAAAAAAAGUGUCUGGCUUAGAGCUGCCUACUUUGAGAAAAACCACGGCACCAGGGAGUCUUUGGAGGCCCUGCUCCAAAGGGCUGUGGCUCACUGUCCCAAGGCAGAGGUCCUGUGGCUGAUGGGAGCCAAGUCCAAGUGGCUGGCUGAGGAUGUGCCUGCAGCUAGAAGUAUCCUCGCUCUGGCCUUCCAGGCUAACCCAAACAGUGAAGAGAUCUGGCUGGCUGCUGUUAAGCUGGAGUCUGAGAAUAACGAGUAUGAAAGAGCCCGUCGACUGUUGGCCAAAGCUCGCAGCAGUGCCCCAACAGCCAGGGUAUUUAUGAAGUCAGUGAAGUUGGAGUGGGUGUUGGGAAACAUAGAAGCUGCCCAGGAGCUGUGCACAGAGGCCCUGAAACACUACGAAGACUUCCCAAAACUUUGGAUGAUGAGAGGCCAGAUAGAAGAGCAGUGUGAAAACAUGGAUAAGGCCAGAGAGGCUUACAACCAAGGGUUGAAAAAGUGUCCCCACUCGGUAGCCCUGUGGUUGCUUCUGUCUCGUCUUGAAGAGAGAGUGGGACAGCUGACCAGAGCCAGAGCGAUCCUGGAGAAGGCGCGACUCAAGAACCCCCAAAGCCCCGAGCUGUGGUUGGAAUCGGUCAGGCUGGAGUUCCGAGCUGGACUGAAGAACAUCUCCAACACGCUGAUGGCCAAAGCCCUGCAGGAGUGCCCCAAUUCAGGUAUCCUGUGGGCUGAGGCAGUGUUUUUGGAGGCCAGGCCCCAGAGGAAGACUAAGAGUGUGGAUGCUUUGAAGAAAUGUGAACAUGAUCCCCACGUCUUGCUCGCUGUCGCAAAGUUGUUCUGGAGUGAGCGUAAGAUCACCAAAGCCAGAGAGUGGUUCCUAAGGACUGUAAAGAUUGAGCCAGACCUGGGAGAUGCUUGGGCUUUCUUCUACAAGUUUGAACUGCAGCACGGCACAGAGGAGCAGCAGGAAGAGGUACGAAAGCGCUGUGAGAAUGCGGAGCCCCGCCACGGAGAGUUGUGGUGUGCCGAGUCCAAACACGUCCUGAACUGGCAGAAGAAGACAGGAGAGAUCUUAGCGGAGGUAGCCAGCAAGAUCAAGAACACAUUCUGAGACUGGGGAAAUUUGGACUGAAAACACCUGGAGGACUCUGGCAGUCACCAGUCUAGCAGGAAACAGCUAUGGACACGCUCAACUAUUGUUCCCUACCAGGACUUGCUCAUCUUCGGCAGAUGCAAAGUAUUCACAUAUACCCCCCAGUCUUUUCAUGUUUUUCUUGUUUACAGAAUUGACAGUUUUGUACUUACCAACUGAAAAUGAUCAUUUGAUGUCAAAGUGAAAACAAUUCCACAAAAUUGAACACAAGUACCAAUGUAUAAUAAAAGAAAGUCCUAGCAACAGAAGUAGCUUUCUAUGGAUAGGUCUGUGGUCUCUCAAGUCCUCAGAUGAAUUAAGGUCUGGACUUUAACUUGACCACUUUAGGACAUUAUUUUGUUGUUUUUAAGCCAUUCCUGCUUAUCUUCGGCUUCAUGUUUAAAGUAUUUGCCAUGCAAGGAAGUAAACUUGCUCCCACGUCUGGCUGCAGACUGCAGCUGGUUGUUCUCUUGGAUUCCAGUGUAUUUUGCUUCCUUCCUCCUCUUUGUUUCAGCCCCCUUUCUGGCAAGCACUCACUCAGAUGUUGCGUGAGGUUUUUUUUUUAAACACCUUGUAACACCGCCAUAGAGCUGCACCUGGUGAAUCACCUGGGCAACAGUUGUUUCAUUAAUUUCUGAUUGACUAAAGAGAAACACACCUAUUCUAGUAAAAUGUUUAUGGCCUAAUUCAUGAAUCGGUAAAUCAGCUUUAAUUUCAUCUUCUGACAACUGUUAAGUGACGGCAGACACAGUACUGUACCUUUUGUUAUUCGGACCCAGCCAUGACCUCUCAUGUUAAAUACAUGUAAUUAGUGGUAUCCAUUGUUUAGCCAUCCUGUUGGUCCAUUUUUGUUUAACUGCUGCACAAACCUGUCUGCUCGGUUAAAUCUAAACAGUCCGUGCCAGUUCUGUGUCUCUUAUCAACAUAUAAUGUGAUGUGAAUUCUAAUAAUAAUUUGUUGCACCAGUAAUGAUGUCGGUGUGUCAUAGUAAAAGCUGUUAAAAGUUGGAUGCAAUUGUUGUAGUUUUAUAUUUGUACUAAAUUAGGAUGAAUUUGUUUAUUUGGGAUUGUGUUCACUUUGACAUUUGUCUGUUUUUCUGCUGGUUAGUGUUGAAAUUCUAAUUUCAGUCAUUGUGGUUGCUGUGAAAAUGAAACAGAAAUGACAAUGUAACAGAAAUAAUAACAAUGACAAUAAUCAAAACAUCUCAAUUUUGAGGAAUCUUAUUUUUCUGUCUUGUCCACAGAGAUAUGCAAGAAUCCAGAUUUGUCUAUGUCCGUUUGGUAGUGUAUAUAAACUUCUUGUCAGGGACUAUUUCAUGAUUCAUCAUGUUGUAAUGAACUGUUUUUUUACUUAGUUUGCUUGAAAUGUGUUCAAAUACUUUGCAGCCAUCCAAUAAACAACACUGUUUGUUGCACAGUUCCCAA